CUACAGCAACCAUGGACGUGAAAAAUAAAAUCGCUCUUGUUACCGGAGGUGCGAAUGGAAUAGGUUUCGCCUACGUCAAAGAACUCUUGAAAAACGGAGCUGCGCACGUGGCUCUUCUCGAUCUGGCAAACUCGAACGGCGAUGAAUCCGCGAGAAAACUGAACGACGAAUUCGGAGCGAAUCGGGCGCUUUUCAUCGUCUGCGACGUGACGAAGGCCCAAGAAUUUGAAGAUGCGUUCGCCAAGGUGGUCAAGGAUUACGGGAGGCUCGACAUCGUGAUCAACAAUGCCGGAAUAAUGGACGACGCGCGGUGGGAACUCAUGAUCAACAUUAACAUAACCGCCGUGGUCCGUGGUACUUUGCUGGCCUUCCAGUACAUGGGAAAAGACAAGGGCGGCAAGGGAGGAACCCUCGUCAACGUUGCCUCCGCUGCCGGUCUGGUGCCGGCAAUGCCUUUCCCCAUUUACGGUGGCACCAAACACGCCGUCGUUGGUAUAAGUCGCUCGUUCGGGCAUCCCUAUCACUACGAUAGAUCGGAAGUUCGAGUCCUGACGAUGUGCCCGGGAGGCACGGAGACUCAACUGGUCACAAAGGCCGGUGGACGGAUGCUGAAUAUGGUUGAACAACAAGCGGUCUUUGACGUUCUCGGCAGCAUUCCCAUUCAAAAACCAGAGAGUGUGGCAAAGGGCAUGAUGCACAUCAUAAAGGUUGGCAAAAGUGGAAGUGUAUGGAUGGUCGACAACGGAGAACCAGCUUGGGAGGUUGACAUUCCUGAAUAUCCGGUGAAGAAGGCUUCGGAGGCUAUAAAUUUUUCAGAAAUGGUCAUAGAAAACAAAAUCGCGUUGAUCACCGGAGGGGCGAAUGGAAUUGGCCUGGAAUACGUUAAAGCACUCCUGCGAAAUGGGGUUGCGCACGUGGCUGUCCUUGACUUGGCGACCUCGAACGGGGACCAAGUGGUGAGCAAACUGAACGAGGAAUUUGGAAAGGGUAAAGUGAUCUUCAUCGUCUGCGACGUGACGAAAUCGGAGGAGCUGGAAGCUGGAUUCGCAAAGACUGUCAAGGAGUUUGGUGGACUGGACAUCGUCUUCAACAACGCCGGUAUAAUGGACGACUCGCGAUGGCAACUCAUGAUCGACAUCAAUCUGAACGCCGUCGUCCAUGGAGUGCUGUUGGGUUUGAAGUACAUGGGAAAAGAGAACGGUGGAAAAGGAGGAAUCAUCGUCAACAUCGCUUCGAUAGCUGGUCUUCUACCAGUAACUAUUUUCCCCAUCUAUGCUGCUACCAAACACGCCAUUAUCGGUCUGAGUAAAUCGUUCGGGCAACCGUAUCACUACGAGAAAAAUGGUGUGAGAUUUGUAACGAUUUGUCCAAGCGCCACGAACACCCAAUUGAUAACCAAAAGCGGUGGAAGGAUCCUGAAGAGUAUCGUCGACGAAAAGGAACACUCAAGAAUGCUUCCCCACUUUGGAGAUCAAGCGCCUGAAUUUGUCGCUAAUGAAGUGAUGAAGGUGGUUCGAAACGGGAAUAACGGCAGCUCGUGGCUAAUCGCUGAUGGGAAACCAGCGUACGAGGUCGAUAUUCCUGACAUGCCUGUGAAGAAGGCUUGAGUAUAGACUCUUCGUGGAGCUCUUUGACUUAUUGAUUUUCGAUGAUGUCUAAUUACU